UUCACUCGGAGGAAGCAGAACAACAAAGCCGCAGCAGAACCAGAACCGGACCAGAACAGCUGGAAGCUCCCGAGGCGACCAUGAGCCACGUCGACGUGAAGAACCUGAAGCUGUCCAAGUUCGAGGAGGAACAUUACGAUGAGUAUGACCGCUACAACCUGACGGAUAAAUACGCAGAGGGUUCGGCCCGCAAAGGCAGAACCAAGAAGGAGGCCAGCGACAACACAAACCGCCAGAAUCCUGCAGGACACGAAAGGAAGAUCGUGGAAAAACUGCAGAACAGCGAGAAGAAGGCCAAGGAGUGAAGCCUGAGGGCUGGUCGGAUGGAUCUUCCCGGUAACUGACCACGGCCUCCUUGGCGACGGAUCGAGAUGUUUGGAUGGCAGGAGUUUGUUGGCGCUCCGCCUGGUUGGAGCCUGCGGAGCCAUCAGCUCGCUGACCCCUGCAGCUGCUGAGGCUGACCUUUCGGUCGGCGUGCUGCAGAGUCUGGACCGGAACCGCGGCGAUGCAGCUGGAAUGACUGGGUGGCAGCUUGGAGACGCUUUUAAUGCUUGUUUUUAUAAGACAAUGUUUUAUCAUUAAAGGAUUGUAAACGGAUCAUA